CUUUUAAUUUCACUCGGAAAAAAAGAGGGCCAUAACCUCAAAGAAGAAGAAAGGUUCGAAAGGAAAAGAAGUCACGAAUGAAACAACAAUGGAUUCAGAAAUCAGCCCAACUUCCCUCUCGACAGCAGCAACAACAGUAGCAAAUCAUGCUCAGCGCCGUGGUCGUUUUCUUCUUCGCCGCGGCAAAGUCAGAUUUGUUUUUUGGGUUAUGGAGCCUUUAUGGACACCCUCCUCAUCUUCCUCUGCUCUCCAGGGUGAGAAGCCAGUCAUGGAGUAUGAGUAUGUUAAUGGAGGAGAUGAUUUGGAUGGAUCGUGUCAGCCAGCAGGUGUAAAGAAAAGGCGGCUAACGGCGACUCAGGUUGAGUUUCUUGAGAGGAGCUUUGAGGUUGAAAACAAACUUGAAUCAGACAGGAAAUUGCGACUAGCAAAAGAACUUGGGCUCCAGCCCCGGCAAGUAGCUAUUUGGUUUCAAAAUCGGCGUGCUCGAUCUAAGAACAAACAACUGGAAAAAGACUAUGAUUCACUCAGAGCUACCUUCGAUAAGCUCAAGGCUGACUUCGACAAUCUCCUUAAGGAGAAAGAUGAUUUAAAAAAUCAGGUGCUUGCACUCAAAGAGAAGCUGCUUAUUAAAGAGAAAGGGAUGGAAAAUCUGGGAUCUUUCGAAGCCAUACAUUCGUCCAAUGAUGAACCUCAAAAACCCAAUCCAGAUGCAUCCCAUGUGCCAUUGCUGGCCUGUAAACAGGAAGAAGCAUGUUCGGCUAAAAGUGAUGUUUUUGACUCGGACAGCCCACACUAUACCGAUGGCCAUGGGUAUCAUUCCUCAUUCAUAGAGCCUACGGAUUCCUCUAACGUUUUCGAACCGGAUCAAUCAGACGAAGAAGAUGAUCUCAGCAAAAGCCUUCUGCAUCCACCAUUGUUCUUCCCAAAAUUCGAUUGUUACUAUGAUGCACCUGCCACUUCUUGUAAUUUUUCAUUACCGGUGGAAGAUCAGUCGUUUUGGUCAUCACUUUACUAAGUUAAUCGUUUCCCCACACCUUAUAUUAUAUCUAGGAUACCUGCUCCUGCUAUCCCUCCCCUCUUCUUAGUACUCCAGUUGUAAGCAAAGCAAUAUCUUAUAAAGAUCAGAUAUAAACAUCAUGUUGCCGUAAAA